AUGGACAGUAUUCCUACUGUACCAACGGACAAUGAUGAGGCUGUUCCUUUUGACAUGGAAGAUGAGGAGUGUUAUCGGCGAGCAGUCAUGGUGGAGUUGGAGGUGGCAACUGAGGUGGAGAGGGUUCCAAGUCUGGCUGCUUGCUUGGCUGGAGACGUCUUGUCCUUUGACAGGGGUGAAUAUGCUGAUGAGGCGUCGGAGUCUGAACCCCAGGUUGAGGACAGGAGUCCACUUGAAGUGUUGGUUCCUGGGAGGAAGAAUAAUAGUACUGAUGCCGCAUUUUGUGAUUUUGCUUUCAAAAUUGAAGUGAACUGUCUUAAGAAUUCAUUUGAAGAAGCCUCAGCAGCUGUUGAGUUUUGGAAGAACAAAGCGGUUGCAUGUCAGGUUGGAUCUGAAGAGUUAAAUAAGAAGCUUGCGGAUAGUUAUAAAGAAAAAUUGGAGCUUCAGUCGGAAUUGCGAGAAGAGAGGCAGAAGAAGAAGGAGCUGGAGGCUCGAUUGGGGCAGUUGUCGAUAGAUCGAAAUUUCUUGUUGGUUGAGGGAAUUCCCAUGGAGCUCGAUUGGGGCAGUUGUCGAUAG